GCGCGCUGAGUUGAAAGCAGCUCGUGGGAAACGGUCGCCUUUGUUUACGUUUAUUAAAAUACCGAUAAUAAUAAUAAUGUCGGCAUGUAGUUAGUAACCUCUGAUUACGGUAAACAGUGUGACCUGAGGAACGUUUGUGAGGUUUAUUACGUCCCGCGAUAAUAAUAUUUCCUUGUUAUCGAUUUCAAGCAGAGCUCUGGUGUUAAAGGUGUUAAAGGUGUUAAAGCUGGUUAACGUCAGUUAUCAGGAUGGAUCGAUACAACGAUGUAAAAAUUCUCUUAAAAAAGUGGGAGAACUCGUUUAUGCAAGUAAACAACAGGAAACCGAACAAGGAUGAUAUAGACGCAGCUCCAGAGGAAACCAGGCAACUUUAUAAAGAAUACCGUCUGCUUAAAGAGGCAAAGGAGAAGACUGUCAGCAAGAGUGAAGAUCAUGUAAAAUCACAAGAAAACCAGUCUACAGAGAGUGAAUGCUGGGGUUCUCACCUGAACCGAAAGCACAUGCCAGCAGCUGUGCCCAAACUGACGUUAAAAGACAAAGAAGCUUUACAAGCCUCUGCCCAGUACUUUGGUAUGAAGCUGAAAUCAAACCUUGGAACUUUGUCAAAGGAGCGACCAUUUUCUCUAAAGAAGUCAGUCACCCCACGCAGGACACCGGGAAAGUCGUGGAAGGACAGUGGACCUGUUGACACAGCACCAAUGGAAGUGGAGACCCCUUCACCAAAGUCGGCCAACACAUGUCCAGAUCCUUUCGCCCCUCCGGUGCAGACAGCUAGCAGUGAGCUGGAGGAUGAACCAUCUGACCCCUUUCCCACUUUUACUCCCUCCAAGUCCUGCACAGGAAGCAUGCUGGCUCGAGACAAGUGUGUGGAGAGGGCCCAGUUCCUCAAGCAGUCUGUGACCAAGAGGCUGUCCUCUGUAGAUAGGGGCUGGCUGGACCGCUGUCAGGUCUUUAAAGAAACAAGUGAUGUAGAGAAACCAGUUGCAGGCAAUUCAGACCUGCCAGAAGAAGAUAAGAUUGUGAAAAGCAGUGAUAGAACUGAUGGUGCAGCUGUUGAUAAACCUGUUAUGAAGGCACCUAUGGAGAAUGCCAUCUCUGUAGUUUCAGCAUCGCUGGAAUGUCCAGAUGACAUGCCGCAAGUAUGUAUGGACAGGUUUCCUGUAGAGGGCAGUACAGACCUGGAUGCUGGUCACAGUUCUUGUACAGAAGAUGGAAAUAUCAAGCAGAAUAUCGUGAAAGAAACCCAGUCUGGAACAGAGGAAGCCAGUCCUGCAUCCAAAACUAGAAAGCAAACAAAAAAGCCCAGGUCAAAUAAAGCACAAGACUCUGGUCAGAAUGCACAAACUGUGGAUGCUGACUAUGAACCGAGGAACAUUAAGAAAAAGGGGAGGAAAAGGCAGAGAGAAACUGAUGAAGGAGAAGAGCAAGUGGAAGAAACUGAGAGGGUCCAAAAGAAACGCCGGACCAAAAAAGAAGACUCUACCGGAGACAGACCUCCUAAAAAAGGAAGGAAAAAGAAAGGAAAGGGAGCUGAAGAGGGAGAAAGUGACCCUGAGGACUCUCCCAGUUCUAAGCGAACAGCAGUGCAGAAACCAAAGAUGCCUCAGGAGAAUCUUCUAGGAGAGAUAGAGGAAGAGGAUGUGAGAGCCGUCUCAUCCAGGAUGAAAAACGCAGCUAGAGGCAGACCUACGAAAAACACCGAUGGAAACUUCGUGAAGAUCAAUCUGAAGAAGAAGUCUCAUGUUAAAGGAUUUGCCUUGAGGGGUGCUGCGCUUCGCAAGCAGAUGUACAUGCAGAAGUUCGCGCUGAAGGGGGAGAGGUUUGGAGGAGGUGGUGGUCGGGGCAGAGGAAGGUUUGGAGGCUUCAGCCGGCAAGGUGACAGCUGCUAUAAAUGUGGUGGCACAGGACACUGGGCACGAGACUGUCGGGGAAGAGCCCCAGCUCCUGCCAUGAGUGGAACAGCCCAGCAGGAAACCCCUCCAGAGGAGGAGGAGCCGUUUGAGCUGCCCACUCUAGAGGAAGUCGCGAGGGCAACUGGAACUCUGCGCUCUGAGCCUAUUUCAAUGGCCCCCAGUGUGGGAGACGAUGAAGAGGAGAAGGAGGACAAGGGGGAGGAGAUCCUGCUUAAUGUCAUCAGACCAGACUAUGAACGCCCUGCCCCUCCUCCACCCAUGGAGCCUCUUUAUCAGCCCAAAGAGGAUGGAAAAGUACAAGAGGUUCCACCAGAGGUUUACCAAGCUCUCCGUGACUUUGGUUACAAGUCAUUCAGGCCUGGCCAAGAAAUGGCCAUAAUGAGAAUCCUUUCAGGUUUGUCUACUCUCGUUGUUCUCUCCACUGGCAUGGGGAAAUCUCUGUGCUACCAGCUACCUGCCUACCUCUAUGCUCAAAGGUCAAAGUGCAUAACUCUGGUUGUGUCACCUCUGGUAUCACUAAUGGAUGACCAGCUCUCUGGACUCCCUCCUAAGCUAAAAGCAGCUUGCAUCCACUCUAACAUGUCCCAGAAACAAAGAGAGGCAGCUGUUGAGAAGGUGAAGGCAGGUCAAGUGCAUGUUUUGCUGCUGUCUCCUGAGGCACUAGUUGGUGGAGGCCACUCUGGUUCAGGUUGUCUUCCCCCUGCUGACCAGCUCCCACCAGUGGCCUUUGCCUGUAUUGAUGAAGCACAUUGUGUGUCUGAGUGGUCGCACAACUUCCGGCCCUGUUAUCUCAGGCUGUGCAAGGUACUAAGGGAUCGGCUAGGGGUGCGCUGCCUGCUGGGUCUGACGGCCACUGCCACUCUGUCCACUGCCCUGGACAUUGCCCGUCACCUGGAUAUCAGUGAUCAGGAGGGCAUUGCCGUUCGUUCAGCCGCUGUUCCUCAUAACCUCCAGCUCUCUGUGUCCAUGGACAGAGACAAAGACCAGGCUCUGGUGUCCUUGCUGAAGGGUGAGCGAUUUGGUGCGCUAGACUCCAUUAUAGUGUACUGCACCAGACGAGAAGAGACGAACCGCAUAGCUGCACUGCUACGUACCUGCCUUCAGGGGGUGAUGCUGAAAGAGUCCUCACGGCCUGUGAAGGAGGAAGAGGAGGACAAUCCUGUGGGCAAGAAGAAGAAAGCUUUGGCCAGGAAGAAGAUCCGGAAGCCUCUGAAGUGGAUCGCUGAGGCGUACCACGCUGGCAUGUCAGCCUCAGAGCGACGGCGUGUACAAAACAACUUCAUGUGUGGCGAGCUACGGGUAGUGGUGGCCACGGUGGCCUUUGGCAUGGGCCUGGACAAAUCUGACGUGCGCGGCAUCGUCCACUACAACAUGCCCAAAAGCUUUGAGAGCUACGUGCAGGAGAUUGGCAGGGCCGGUCGUGAUGGAGAACCUGCACACUGCCACCUGUUUCUGGACCCCGAGGGUGGAGAUCUGCAUGAACUGCGCCGGCACAUCUACGCAGACACAGUGGACUACUUCACUGUGAAGAGGCUGGUGCAGAGGGUCUUCCCUCCCUGCAAGUGUAGGCAGAUCCAUCAGAAGCACCAGGACUUAGCAAAGGCUGCAGAGGUGGAUGACGCUGAGUUGAUGGAGCUGAUGGAGCUGUGCGAGGAUUCUGGAGAGAACCAGCAGGAGCAGAACACAAACAUUCAAGUCACACAUCCAGAGCAGUCUGCCUCAGACAUGAGCCCCCAAGAGUCAGAGACCAAACAGGAGGGGGAAUGUGAAGGAUUCGUUCCUCAGAAUGAGGGAGAAGAGAAGCAACGGGGACGUGAGGAACCCCAAAGAGACGAAAUGGACGGAAAAGAUGGAGAGAUGGAACAGAGCGAAGGGGAAAAGUUGGUUCAGCGUGUGUGUCACACCCACGAGAGAGCUGUUCCAAUGCAAGACACUGUGGAGGCACUGGACAUCACAGAGGAGGGUCUGGAGACUCUAUUGUGUUACCUGGAGCUACACCCUCAGAGGUGGGUGGAGUUGCUGCACCCCACUCUCUCAGUGUGCCGGCUGGUGUGUUAUGGAGGCCCCCAGCAGCUCCGCAAGCUAACCAAAAUAUGUCCUCCAGUAGCCGUGGUGUUGGCACGGAAGCGCCUGGCAGGGGAGAAGGUGGAGACAUGCGACACUCUGGAGUUUGAUGUGGUCGAGCUGGCAGACACUAUGGGCUGGCAGCUUCCCCUAGUGAAGAGGGGCCUGAGACAGCUGCAGUGGAAUGCUGGUCCAGGUUCUUACGGAGGCACAGGCCGGAGCGGCAUCCUUGUGGAGUUCUCUGCUCUGUCCUUCUACUUCCGUUCCUACGGUGACCUGACGCCUGAAGAACUGGACCAGGUGUGUGCGUUCCUGCAUGGCAGGGUGCAGUCGCAGGAGAGGACUCAGCUCUACCAGCUUAAAGCCUGCUUUAAAGCCUUCCGUAGUGUGGCGUAUCGGAACUGUAGCUUCUGCAUGGAUGAGCUGGAUGAGACCAGAAGCCUGAAGCUGAAGGAGCUGCUGUCUGAUUAUUUUGAUAAGAGGAGAGACUUGGACAUGAGCAAGAAAUAUGAAGAGGAUCAAGACGACGAGGAUGAAACGCUGAACAAGUGCAAGCUGAAGGAGUGGGAGGAGCAGAUCCGGGCUGAUGUCCGAGGUUUCCUGGCCAGUCGAAGUGAUGAGAAGUUCUCUGGCCGUGCGGUGGCGAGGAUAUUCCAUGGGAUUGGAAGUCCAUGUUAUCCAGCACAGACGUAUGGCCGGGAUCGGCGGUACUGGAGGAAGUAUAUUCACUUUGAUUUCAAUGAAAUCAUUCGCUUAGCCACUCAGGAAAUCAUUAGAACAAGGUAACUGAACACUGGUUUAGUGAUUCAGUUACUAGAUUAAAUUUUUAUAUGUAGCAUUUUUCUGUCAUUUUUUUAUAUGUACUGUCUAAAUUAUGUGUUAUUUUACAAUAAAGAUUAUUUUCUGC